UGAGUAUUGUGAGGUCUGCCCGUAGGGUCUCGGCGGCCGUCGGGCGGGGGUCGGGCGGACGCCGGGGGAAGGCGCGAUGGACCAAUGCGUGACGGUGGAGCGCGAGCUGGAGAAGGUGCUGCAGAAGUUCUCCGGCUACGGGCAGCUGUGCGAGCGGAGUCUCGAGGAGCUGAUCCAGUACGUGGCGGGGCUGCGCCGCGAGAUCCUCCAGAGCGAGAAUCAAGAUGGAGAUCUGUCAGGGACGGUAUCACUUGUUAUGACCCAGUGUUGUAAACGAAUAAAGGACACUGUUCAGAAAUUGGCGUCGGAUCAUAAGGACAUCCACAGUAGCGUUUCCCGGGUUGGGAAAGCUAUUGACAAGAAUUUUGACUCUGACAUCAGCAGUGUGGGAAUUGAUGGAUGCUGGCAGGCUGAUAGCCAACGAACUCUGAACGAAGUGAUGGUAGAACACUUUUUCCGGCAAGGAAUGCUAGAUGUAGCUGAGGAGCUUUGUCAGGAGUCUGGACUUUCUAUAGACCAAAGUCAAAAGCAACCAUUUGUGGAGCUCAACCGAAUACUGGAAGCGCUUAAAGUUAGAGUUUUGAGACCUGCAUUAGAGUGGGCUGUAUCAAACAGAGAAAUGCUUAUGGCACAGAAUAGCUCCUUAGAAUUUAAGCUUCACAGAUUAUAUUUUAUUAGUUUAUUAAUGGGUGGAACUGCAAACCAGAGAGAAGCAUUGCAGUAUGCUAAAAACUUUCAACCAUUUGCUCUCAACCACCAGAAAGAUAUUCAAGUUUUAAUGGGAAGCCUAGUAUACCUGAGGCAGGGAAUUGAAAAUUCUCCAUAUGUCCAUUUAUUGGACGCAAACCAAUGGGCAGACAUCUGUGACAUCUUUACGAGGGAUGCUUGCGCUCUGCUGGGACUCUCAGUUGAAUCGCCUCUUAGUGUUAGCUUUUCUGCAGGUUGUGUAGCAUUGCCAGCUCUAAUUAAUAUAAAAGCUGUGAUUGAACAGAGACAGUGCACUGGUGUUUGGAAUCAGAAAGAUGAAUUACCUAUUGAAGUGGACCUUGGCAAAAAGUGCUGGUAUCAUUCAAUAUUCGCCUGCCCCAUUCUUCGUCAGCAAACAACAGAUAAUAACCCACCUAUGAAGUUGGUUUGUGGUCAUAUUAUAUCAAGAGAUGCUCUAAAUAAAAUGUUUAAUGGCAGCAAAUUAAAAUGUCCCUAUUGUCCCAUGGAACAGAGUCCUGGAGAUGCCAAACAGAUAUUCUUCUGAGGACACAGUUCACUAUGUAGUUUAUCCGUGUGUUUUGGAAGACUGAAGCAGGCAAAUGUUCCAUUUUAUGCUGUACAGACCGAGGCGGACUCCUGUGUUUUGUAUAAGCCUAAUGCUCCAGAUUUUUUUGCCAACAUUUAGUGCAGACAUACAGAUUGGAAAAGCUGCAGAAGUAAUAUCUGUUAUAGGGCUUUUACUCUAACCUUGGUCUCCAUAUCUGAUCAAGAUACUACACCAGCAGUUGUCAUUCAGUGCAGGUUUUUAUACUUAAUUGUAUGGUGACUUCACUUUUUAAAGCAGACACCAAUCAACCACAAUAUAAGUAAUAUUUGUCCUGCUUUUAUCACCCUAAUUGAUAAAUAUCACCAUAAAGAAUGUGUGGGGAAAGUUUUUAUUUCCUUAGUAUGUAAAUAAUUGAGAGAGAAUUUCAGCAAAAAGUUUGAUAAACUGAAUAGUGGUUAUAGACAUACCUGUAUUUCUGUUACUAUUUCCCCCCCCUACCCAAAGCUGUGAUAUUCUGAGGUUUGUUUUUUUUCUGUUAAACAUUUUCCAGCUUUUAAACAGAAUUCCAAUUGAAUGUGCUUAUAUAUAUAUAUAAACUACAUAAAUAUAUAACAGAAUUCAAAAUCAUUUCUAAUUUAGAAAGAUAGCAAUUGAAUAAGGACGCCUAAAAUUGGGAAUCUCGUUCAGUUGAUUUCAUGACUGAGAGCUCUUUGUGUAGCUGAGAGUAUUCAAUAAAGUGGAGCUCUGGAUUGGGAAGAAGCUUUUGUCAAUGAAUACUUGCUCUCCAGCUUUUUUAGUCAUAAUCUAAGCUUUGUAUUCAAGAUCAAUGUCAUGUUGCUGUACAGUUUACUAGACAUGAUAGUUACAUUAUUUAUAAAGUUAUCAGAACCAAAUAAACUGUUGAUAAUGUUCAUUGUUGGGGGAAAGAACAUGUUCCAGUAAUCUAAAGUAAUCUGGUAAGUCUGUUUAUUUAUCACAGGAAUGGGUCUCCAUUUUAUUAGAAAUGCAUACGUAUUCUGCAAACAAGAGCAUUGUGCAUGUGACCUUGUCACCAUUGGUACCCCGACAGCUAAUAUCACUUACUUUUUAAAUUUUUUAUAUUUGGUGACAAAGUGUAUAUCUAGACUAGAGGUUUAACUGGUUUUGACUGUCAUUCUCUCUUCCCAGAAAAACCUAAAAAUCACAGUCUAGAAAGGGAGUAUCUCUAAAUAUCGCUAAUAUUUUGAGUGUCCUUAUCAACUUACAGUGCCCUGAAUUCUAUGGAGAAAGCUAUGAUAGUAUAGGUAGUAGUAUAGAUAAUAUAUAGGUACUAUAUAGUUAAUAUCUGAAGUGAAUAUGUCCUUCUAUGUACAUGGCAAAUUUCUUGUGUGUUUUCAUUGCACUGUCCUGAAAUAGGGCAAAGAAGCAAGUAGGUAUGAUACAGGAGUGGACAAUUGUGGGGGGGCUGGGGGCAGUUUGUGAGGCACUCCACACUCUGCAGGGCACUCGGUAGAACUCCUUGGGAAGGCUAAAGUAGCCACUUCUCACUUCAAAGCAAGUGAGGUUUCCCACUUUAGGCAGUAUUAGCACUUCACAGCAGAUUUCAGCAGCAGUGUUUUUACUGCUGCCAUGAAUUUCACCUUCCCAGGGAGAGGCGAGGGCCGUAUCUUACCCAUCCCUGUUAUAAUACAUGAAAUAAUAGAUUGCUUUUACUGUGUUGCUUAAAAACCACGACAAAGAACUAAACUUUGUAUGGUUGGAUACUAAAAUAUGAGUUAAAUGCACUACAGAGAAGAAUGUUGAUAAAGAUUUUAUGUGCUUUGGCCUUGGACUCUAGUGAAUGAAUGGUCAAUACCAUUAACCAACUACGUAGAGAUUUUGUUAUAGUAAGCGGUAUAUAAGUAUUAUUAAUAAAUAAGAAUACACCAAGGCAGACUGAUUCUGUUCGAGCAGAAAAACAGAAGAUGUAGAACAAUACUCUUGAAUUAUCUUUUUUGCAAAGUAAGUUAUAUCUGCAAAGUAAGUUAUAUGAAGAAAACUGAUAAAACUAAUGAUAAACAAGUGAGCAUGUUUUCCAUGCAAAUUUCUAGUCUCAUUGUUUUUAACAUGAAAGGGAACUGCAUAUUCAGCAAACCAAAUGCAUAUUUAUACUCAAAGUGAUGUAAAAAAACUUUGAAAAAACAUGGGUGUAACUUGCAUCUCCAUCUAAGGUGAACAAUGCAGAAAUAUCUGCAGACCUAAACACAAUUGCAUGUAGAUGGUCCUUUGAUUUCACUGGUAUAUGGGUGUACUUACGUUAACUGCUUGGGUUUACAGCCAGUGGCCCAAUAGCCCCUGCUUGUCCUGCGAAUUUAUAUCAGCAAAUAUAAGGAGUAACACCAACACACCAAUAUAUAAGGACUGACAUGGUUUUAAUGGAUGCCAAGGGAUUAAAAGGGUAUGCUCUCUCUCAACCAGUGAGGGAUAAACUCCUAGCCAAGUAAUUCUGUGAGGGAAAUUGGUGGAUAUUUGCAUUGUUUCACAAUCCACAGAUUAGAUUAAUUCACCAUCAGUUCUAUGAUGGGAUGGCAUGGAGAGGAUGUGGGCUGCCGCUUGAUCCAUGUGGCUGCUGCCAUGUGCUUGUACACUUCCCAGAAUUCAUGGACACUUGUGAUCUUUUAUGAAUGAUAAAUUUCCCCUAUGCUUGGACCUCUUCUGCUUAUUCUGUUACGUCCAACGAGAAGAAGGCUUCGUGUUAGUAGCUUCAUUUUUGGUUUUCGUGAAAAUGGGACAGUAUAAUCAGAUCUAAUAAAUGUAAGAAAACCAGCAAUGUUUUUUCACAGUGACAAACCCAACUGGUUUGUAAGAGCUGUAUUUUUAGUGUACCGGAGUAUGUAUUUAAAUUCGAGAUUUAUAUUGAGGUAUAGAAGUAUUAAUAAAGAAAUUAAGAAGGGCUGGAUCCAGAUUUAUGCAGGAUCAGUUGUGCUGUCGGUAGUGAGCUCCCCACCACCACCGCCCCUUUCCACCCCAGCCCCUCCAGUUCCUUGCAAAUGCUACAUAGAGAGUUAGGGGAGCCUGCUGAAUGGGGUGCUGGUGGCGUGGGACCACCAAAAAUUAAGCAGUGGGACCUUCUGCAAACAGCCCUUCCUCUUGCGGCAGGCAGACCUUGGAUCCAGCCCCUAGUGUUUUUAAGCUGCAGCCCUAGUGACACAUUUAUUUGUGUAGGGAUUUCCCCUUCCCCACAGAUUCCCAAGAACGACAGCCCUCUACGUGUGUCUGAUUUAGCAAAUAUUUACCCAUUACUUUGAGAGAGAGCAACACCCAUCAUUAGAGCUGACAAUGAAUGGUAGAGAUAGCAGUGUAUCUUAGUGAUGAUGAAAUGAUACGUAUGAACAUGUUUGCUGUAUGAAAUAUGUUCAGAUGAGUUGUGCGCUUUGCUAGGCACUAGACCGCAAAUUAAAUUCAUUCUUGCGUUCAGCAUGGAGAACUGAGACUCCAUUUUGGCAGCUCUCUGCUUAUCCUGAGGAAGAUGUGAUUACAGACUUGAAUGAAUGCAUGGGGAUGGCCAACAGGUAGAGCUUUACUAGGCUGACUAUACUUCCAGAUAAUGUAUUAUGUUACACUGUCACUGUAAUGAGUAAAAAUCUUUGCUAAA